UUCUGUCUGUCCUCCGUUCCUUCUUCCCCACUCAAAUGCAGAGAAAGAGAGGGAGAGGAAGAGCGUCAGUGGCAGUAAAGAGAAAACCCCUAAAACGGAGGGCAAAUAUGGAAAUGAAGGGUUCCCUAGCAGGCCAUCUCCUUUCAGAGCAGCUAGGGCAAGUCUCUCUCCUUCCUCUCCAAGCUUCUUCCAACCCUUCUCGCUUCCAGAAACUUCUAGAAUCCGAAGAUCUCUCCUCCGUCCAUCUCGACGACGCUAUUGGUGACGAUGGCAUCAACGGCCACGAAGAUGAAAGAGAUUUCAUCCUCAGUCAGGAUUUCUUUUGCACUCCUGAUUAUAUCACCCCAGAUGGGCAACAAAUCAAUAAUUUGGAUAAGGAAAACAUGGCCUGCCCCAAAUCACCAGAGAAGAAAAGCACUGUUAGAACCAAAAGACAGAGACAAGAGAGUUUCUUGGCCAAUUCCCUCAGCACAAAUUGGUCCCACCAUCAACAGGUAGCAGAAUUUGCAGCAGAUGCUUUUGGUUCUGAUGAUGUCAAGGCAACAGAUCCUUUGGUUACUGGAUCACAAAAGAAACAGAACUAUGUUUCACAAUCUGCAGUGGCUUUGCGCUGUCGAGUUAUGCCUCCCAUUUGCAUCAAGAACCCUUAUCUAAAUGAGACUGCAGUGAUGGAUCUGGAUAUCUUUGGCAACCGAAGAUCAAAAUCCACAGGUUUUUUCCCUUCGGUUGGUGGGGAUGGCCUUUCACGGUAUCGCACUGACUUCCAUGAGAUUGAGCAAAUUGGCUCUGGAAACUUCAGCCUUGUUUUCAAAGUUUUGAAGAGAAUUGAUGGUUGCAUGUAUGCCGUGAAACGUAGUAUAAAGCAGUUGCAUCAAGACACGGAAAGGAGGCGAGCAUUGAUGGAAGUUCAAGCUCUGGCAGCGUUAGGAUGCCAUGAAAAUAUUGUUGGAUACUACACUUCUUGGUUUGAGAAUGAGCAACUCUAUAUCCAGAUGGAGCUUUGUGAUCACAGCCUAUCCAUCAACGAAUAUUCUCAAUUAUCUGCAGAGGGGGAAGUCCUUGAUGCUAUGUAUCAGAUUGCUAAGGCGUUACAUUUCAUACAUGGAUGUGGAAUUGCUCACUUAGAUGUAAAGCCUGAUAAUAUUUAUGUCAAAGGUGGUGUUUACAAGCUUGGGGAUUUUGGUUGUGCAACACUCAUCGAUAGAAGUUUACCUAUUGAAGAAGGAGAUGCACGCUACAUGCCUCAGGAAAUCCUAAAUGAUAAGUAUGAGCAUCUUGACAAGGUCGACAUCUUCUCUUUGGGAGCUGCCAUUUAUGAGCUUGUGAAAGGGUCCUCUUUGCCCGAGUCUGGGCCUCAGUUUUUGAACCUCAGAGAGGGCAAGAUCUCACUGCUCCCUGGUCAUUCUAUGCAAUUUCAGAACUUGCUGAAGGCAAUGGUGGACCCCGACCCCAUCAGACGACCUUCGGCAAAGGAACUGGUAGAAAAUCCUAUCUUUGAGAGGGCAUGUGGAACUGCAAGAAUCAAGUAACGUCAUUCUGAUCAGAAGCUAUAGUGAAAGAGUGUGAGAUUGAAGACUGUUCAGGCCAAUUUUGGAGUCCCUCUGGUUUUGUAACAGCAGUUCAAAUUAUGCAUCUUUUGCACCACUUAGAAUAUGUGGUGCAAUUUUGUAAAAGAAACCAUUGUGAAAGCUGGCCCUUUGAAUAUAGUAAUGGCCAAAGGCUUCUUUGUGCUA